AUGGACGGUGCGCAACGAUUAAUCGGCGGUCCCGUCGACGAGGACGGCGAGGUGCGGUGGGCGGCGGGGCCGAGCCGGCGCUACGGCGCCCUCAGGGUCGCGGGCGCCGUGGCCUGCGCCGUCGCCGCCGCCGGGGCGCUCUCCGGCCGGAGCGCGGACCUGCCCAUGGCCGUGAAGUCGCUGCUCUACGGGCGGACGCACGACGUCGAGCGUUUGGUCUCCGUGUACAAGCGGACGUACUUCAGCACGGACCCGUUCCACGACGGCGAGUUCCUCCAGAACAUCCUGGGCAUGAACGUCAUCACGUCGCAGCUCGUGAGCCGGCCCGCGGUCAACGGGUCCUCGGGCGACGGCACGAGCACGUGCGCAAAGCGCGAGGUGCUGACGACGCUCGACAACUUCCAGCUCCACUUCUUCCACAGCUUCAUGUACCCGGGCCACGAGAGCAGCAACCGCUGGGUCCAGGCCUGGAGCGAGGAGCACGAGAACCUGUCGAAGGAGCGCUGGGACGUCUUCUCCGCGCCGUCGCUGACCUUGUACAGCCCGUGGCUCACGCCGUUCAUCCGCCGCGUGGAGCGCGAGGGCAUCUCCCACCUGCGCUACUACCAGGAGCACGAGACGGGGUCGACGCUCUACAGUUUGCUCAUCAACAUCCCCUACAGCGGGCUGACCAUCGAGGUCGUCUCCGACGAGGACCUGGUAACUUCCAAAACCGUGGACCACAACACGUUCGAGGCCAUGAUCGAGCGCAUGUGCCCCUAUUCUUUGAUGGUGCACCAGGACCCGCGGACCCUGCGGAAGGUCCACGAGAAGCUGGGGGGGUUGAGCGCGAACUCGCACGGGUUGCCGGACCUGCUGAUGGUUUCCAUGGCCUUCCCGACGACGGUGCCCGCGCGCUUCGCGCACUUCUUCGAGUCCGUGCUCGGCACGCUGGGCAUCUUCCCCGUGGGCGAGCAGUUCGAGAGCGCGACGUGCAAGACCUGGGAGGUGGAGCUCGCGUCGACGAUGAAGCUCAACGGCUCGCUCGUCGUCAAUCCCGUGUACAUGAAGGCCGUCGCGAACCUCGGCGCUCGGCCCGGCCCGGGCAACUACACGCUGACGAAUCUGGAGCACGAGGUCAACGGGACGCACCACAAGUACAUGGACUCGCCGAAUUCCGGCUGGGACUCGUGGAUCGACAUGCAUCCCGGGUUGCACGUGAACACGCUCCUCGACGGCGCGCCCGAGGCCAUGCGCAAGAACGGCUUCCAGUACACGAUGCACCCGUCCUGCGUCGGCUGCAACGCGGGCUCCAUGUGGUCCUCCGGCAUCACGCCCUGGUCCAUGGAGAUCCAGGGCGCCUUCUCGAAGGACGACGAGAUCCGCAAGCAGAGCCUCAUCGACUACUGCUCGCCGACGUCCAACGGCGACACGCGGAUCAACAUCAACGAGAUCCGCGACGGCCUCGUCGGCUAG